AUGAAGUCCGCCACUUGCACCUCCUCUAACCCAAACGAUUCUGCCAUCCAAGAUGUUUUGGCCUGGCGACAACAGGCGGUGAAAAAUAAUCGCUCAAAGUCCCUCACAAGACUUGACGAAAUUUCACAUCCGCCAUCGGAGGAGCCGAGAAGCGCUGGUGGCGAUACAGCUGUGAACUCGAGCUUACCAUCUGAGCAGCAACAGAUAGAGCGCCGUUUUUCCAAAAUCGAUCAGAUGAAAAGGCUUCGCGCAAAGAAGUAUAAUAUUGGAGAUUCUUCUGAGCUCCUUCAUGGGAAUUGCACCCGUAUUUCCCUGAACGACCGAUCGGCGACAAUCAUAGAAGUGGAUUCCCCGCGAGGUGACUUCCCGCUCAUCGACGAUGAGGUGACAUCCCCAAAGCGAUUGUCUGCACGCCAACGAACUCCACUAACAUUGGAACAGGCUGCCCAGCUGGAUGCGCUGAUCCCGGCAAGUCCACCUGGAAUGGUGAAGACAAUGAUUAGGCAGAUUGAGACCACUGGUUCCUAA